CUGCGCACGGCCGUUAUAGAGCCUGUUUUGCUGCACUGUUCAACCGCACACCGUUAUUUCGGCCAAGCAGUUAUUCACUGUCCAUUAUACCCAACUGAUUCCCGUGUUUUUCCCUACAUUUUCUCAUUGGGAGUCACAGUAGGUCAACUGCACAAGAAACUUGUGCUGUUUUUUUUUGCGCGAAGAAGCAGUUUUAAGGAAGGCUUUUCCCCCUGCAGUUACAAGAAGGCGCAAGAUGAAGUUGGGUGGAGGCUGGAUGUGGCGCCUGCUGCUCCUGUCCUCCCUGGCUGUGGCAGCCAUUGCGGCCCACGGGAAGCAGCCAGAGACCGACGUCUCAGAUAUUGAUGAUGAUAUGGGCUUGGACGAGGAAGAAUUGAAAGUUCUCAUGGCAGAGGAUGAGGAAGCAACAGUGAUGGAUGAAGAGCAGUCUAAUGACGCGGAUGAAAAAGGAUCUGUAACGACUGAAACUGAUGCCAAUGUCUCCUUCCAGGUAACCUAUAAGACUCCUGUCCCCACUGGAGACGUGUACUUGGCUGAGACAUUUGACGAUGGUUCAUUGGACAGGUGGAAGCUGUCAAAGACGAUGAAGGAGGACGCAGAUGAUGACAUCGCCAAAUACGACGGGAAGUGGUCUGUGGAACAGCUGAAAGAGAACAAGGUUCCAGGAGACCAGGGCCUGGUGCUCAAGUCCCGGGCCAAGCAUCACGCCAUUGCUGCAAUGCUGGACAAACCCUUUGUCUUUGAGGACGAAACUCUGGUUGUUCAGUAUGAGGUAAAUUUCCAGGAUGGUAUUGACUGUGGAGGAGCAUACAUCAAACUGCUGUCAGAUGUUGACAAUCUCAAUCUGGAGCAGUUCCAUGACCGUACAUCCUACACCAUCAUGUUUGGACCUGACAAAUGUGGCGAGGACUACAAGCUGCACUUUAUCUUCCGCCACAAGAAUCCUCUGAACAAAGACAUGGAGGAGAAGCAUGCCAAGAGGGCUGAUGUUGACCUGAAGAAGUUCUACACUGACAAGAAAACUCACCUUUACACUCUGGUUCUGAACCCAGACAACAGCUACGAGAUGUUCAUCGAUCAGUCGAGCGUGAGCCGCGGCAGCUUGCUGCUUGACGUGGUGCCUCCUGUCAACCCACAAAAGGAGAUCGAUGACCCAAACGACUCCAAGCCAGAAGACUGGGAUGAAAGGGCCAAGAUUCCCGACCCCGAGGCUGUGAAGCCUGAUGACUGGGAUGAAGAUGCGCCUGCAAAGAUCGAGGACCCUGAUGCGAUGAAGCCAGAAGACUGGCUGGAUGAUGAACCAGAGUUUGUUCCUGACCCAAAUGCUGAGAAGCCAGAAGACUGGGAUGAGGAGAUGGAUGGAGAGUGGGAGGCUCCGCAGAUUCCCAACCCAGCCUGUGAGACGGCGCCUGGCUGUGGGGAGUGGAAGCGUCCCAUGAUCAACAACCCUCAGUACAAGGGCAAAUGGAAAGCCCCUCUGGUGGACAAUCCUAACUAUCAGGGAGUCUGGAAGCCCCGCAAGAUCGAUAACCCAGAUUAUUUUGAGGACCUGCAGCCAUUUAAGAUGACACCGUUCAAGGCUCUGGGAUUGGAGCUUUGGUCCAUGACCUCAGAUAUCUACUUUGAUAACUUCAUUAUCACCUCUCACAAGGAGGUUGCUGAUCGCUGGGCCUCUGACAGCUGGGGUCUGAAGAAACUGGUAGCCAGUGCUAACGAGCCAGGGAUUUUUGCACAGCUAAUGAUGGCAGCAGAGGAGCGACCGUGGCUUUGGGUGGUCUACAUACUGACUGUUAGCCUGCCUAUAGGACUGGCUGUGCUCUUCUGCUGGCCAAAGAAACCGGAUGAUGACGAUUAUGUGUACAAAAAGGUAGAUCUUCCCAAGGCAGAUAUAGAAGAAGAGGAAGAGGAGGAGGAGGAUGAAGAGGGAGCAGCAGCAGAUGAGGAAGAAAAAGCAGCUGAGGCUACAGAGGAGGCACCAGCUGCAGCCACAGAAGAGGAAGAGGCGGAGGAUGAUGACGCAGGAGGGGACAAUCUAGAGGGGGAGGAUGAGGAGGAUGAGAUGGUUGAGGAGGAGGAAAGAGAGGAGGAAGAAGAGGAGGCAAGCAAAGCUCCAGAGACAACAUUAGAAGACGAGAUGAAGGAUGCAGGAGAUGUUGCCGAAGAGAGCCACAAACAAGCUGUGAGGAAGAGGAGGGUACGGAAAGACUGAGGAGGUGAAUUCCUCAUCGGCUGUCUUCUCUCUUCAAAUGGAGAGGAGGUGGAAUCCCUGUUGCUGCUCCCUCCUCUCUGAGCGGAGCAGCAUGCAUUCCCUCCAACCUAACUGGUAGCCUGCAGUCACCCGGCUGCCCCAAUCCCACGUCCACACCCACCCUGGUUUGCGAUCUCAGCAACCACAUCCCGCGUCACGCCACAUAAUGUUUCCUCCUCCUCCCGUCUGCUCGUUCAGAUGGGCUGCCUGGAGAUUUAACUCACCACUUUCCUCCAUCUCAAGCGUCUAUGCUUUCUUCUGUUCCACAAACUGUUACUGUUAAAACGCCCGUCAGCCUGAAAAACCCACGUCUUCACCCCGUCUCUAGUGUCGGUCUCCUCUCUGCACAUAAGCUUCGUAUAUCUAGCAGUUCGAGUUUUCAGUGAUGACGGCAGAGUGUCAUUUUACAGCAUAUCACUGGGGCUACAUCUCUAAAGUUAGAUUUUUAUUCUUGUGUCCUUGUUUCAAAGAACAUGGUUGAGGACACUGUGUGGGGAAAAAGUUCCUGUCUCGUUGGAAAUAGUUUGGGUUUCAAGGACAGGAGAGGAUGUCGGACUGUGAGAGAAGGCUGAAGGAGAUGUUACUGCAGAGUAAGCAGGAAAAUUCACCUCAGCUUAGGGUUAAGAUUACCUCCUUAAAAUGGAUUUUUCUGUUUAGAUAAAAACU